CACAGAUUUCAGCGUCAUACCGGAAGUACGCUCUGUUGUUUUGCUUUCACAAGCUGUAAACAGCCAUGAAGAUAGCAGAGGAAAACAGUUCUGGAAAGUCUGAAAUAACAAUGGAUGACGUAAAAAAUCUAAUGGAAAAGAAAGAUGAGAUUGAAGAGCAGAUUAAAGCCUAUUACGAUGUUCUGGAAGACCAAGGUGUGGGAGUCGAAGGUCCCCUGGUUGACGAAGAAGGCUUUCCUCGAGCAGAUGUGAAUUUAUACCAGAUAAGGGCAGCAAGACACAAUAUCUCAUGCCUGCAGAAUGAUCACAAGGCCAUCAUGGCAGAGAUAGAAGAAGCUCUGCACCUGCUGCAUGCUCGAGAGAAAGCCAAGCGAGAGCAGGAUGAGGCAGAAGCUCAGGAUGAGGCAAUGGAGCAGCAGAUCACCCUUCCUCCCCCCUUUGCACGAGUGGAUGCUGUGACCCAAGGCUCCCCUGCCUGUGGAGCUGGGCUCAGAGUUGGUGAUGAAGUCAUUGAGUUUGGGUCUGUGAACACGGGGAACUUUCAGAACCUGCAGAACAUUGCCUCUGUAGUACAACACAGUGAAGGGAAACCAUUACGUGUCACAGUAAUCCGGGACGGCCAGAAAGCUCAGAUGAGCCUGACUCCACAGCGAUGGUCAGGCAGGGGUCUGUUGGGAUGCAACAUUGUUCCAAUCCAUUGAUAAUUGUUGUGGCAUCUGAAGACCUCCAUUUAUGAAAUGCUUCCUCCUCUUACAUUACCCAUGGAUGGUUUCAAACAGACUUUGUACAUACUGCUGACAUUUCCAUCCAAUGAAUUUAUUAAGUACUUCUGUAAGAGAACUCACACAAAGUUUACAGAUUAAAGUUAAGUUAACAUUGCUUUCUUACACUCCUCUUACAGGAACCUUUCAUGGACUGCUGACUUUUAGAGUUAAUGCUCUCAGUAGCAAUGAUCGGCUCAGCAAAUGUCAUUGCAGUUGGCCCUUUUUCAGUACUUGAUAUGUUUUGGCUAAGUGGCUAUUUUGCUUAAGUAAUACCACUUUGGAUUAUUGGGGGGUCAAACAGGAUUUACAUGAUAAAAUCUAUGUCAAACUUUAAUAGUUUAAAUAUCUUGCAGUGGACGGGUGAUGAACUUACAUGAAAGGAAAUGACUGGAGGCUUUGGAAAAUCAUUUGUUUAACUCUGGUACUGCCAUCAAUAAAAACUUGUUUUCAACCCUGUAGAAGAAAAAUGCCCUAUUUUCAUGUCAUUCCAUGCGUAGGCACAAAUUUGUUUUGAGUGAAUUCCCAUGAUUUUCUUAAAGAUUAAUAAAUCUUUACUUGUUGAAAGCA